AUGGGGGAGUACCGGCAAGGCAAAAAUCCCAGAUACAGCAAAAUGCGCUCAAUCCUCAUUAUCCAGCCAAACUCGACCCAGUCAAUGACCGAUGCGCUAAAACCGCUGGUCGACACGCUCCAGUUCAAAGAUACUGCGCACGAAUACUUCACCGCGCCCUCCGGCCCGAAGAGCAUCAAUGACGAGGACGACGCUGUCGAGAGCGUCAAGCACUGCUUGCCCGGGCUGCAAAAGAUCCUCGAUCGCCAUGAUGGCUAUCUCGUUGCGUGCUAUUCCAAGCAUCCUCUCGUACCGAUAUUGAAAAGCGAGUCCGUCAUAAGGGCCGGCCGAACGCCUGUCACAGGCAUCUUCGAAGCGAGCGUGAGCACCAGCCUACAGAUCAUCCAUCCCGAUGAAAAGUUUGGCAUUGUAAGCACAGGCAAGGUCUGGGAGAAUAUAUUAUCGGAAGCGGUUGUGGACUUCCUCGGUACUGGGUCGGAAGCCAGCAAACGGUUUGCAGGUGUGGAGACAACGGGCUUGAAUGCUACAGACUUGCAUGAUGCCCCACCGGAGGAGGUACGGAAGCGCAUGAUGGAUGCCGUCAAGAGGCUGUUGAAGAAGGGGAAGGUUGGCGCCAUCUGCUUGGGCUGCGCGGGAAUGGCGGGCAUGGACAAGAUGGUGAGGGAAGCUUGCGUUGAGGAAUUGGGUGAUGCGGAGGGGAAGAGGGUGCGGAUCGUAGAUGGUGUCAUUGCCGGCGUCGCAUGGUUGGAGGGCGCAGUGCGAUCUGGAUUCUAA